AAAAACGUUUAUUAUAUGGGAGAAUUCGAAAAUUUAAACGGACAAGUUUAGUUAGUCGGAAUGUGUUAAAAGUGACAAGAGUUCGGUGUAAAUCCUAAAGACAUUUGUCGUAAAAAAAGAUAAUUUCGUUAUUAAAGAUCACGAAUUAGUCACUGGAUUCCGGCGGGAGAUACAAUUGCAUUGAGACACUUUUGAAUAUCUUUGUUCUUUGGUAAUCGUUUGGGAGGGACCAAGAAACAGAUUGUGGAUUUUUUCUUUGAGAAAUAUCGUGUUAGAUCAACACAAAUCUUUAGAACAUGGCGACACAAAAUAGGAACGCACUUUGCUAGUCGUAAACCUGUACGUCCGCUAAGAAUUUGAAAAAUAGAAGUGUGCGAUUAAACGUCACAACGGCUGAGCAAAAAUUUAAGUAUUUUGUAGCAUUUUAUACAUUUAUUUUGACUAUGUAUCAUACUAUGUAUCCACCACAAAUAAUGGUGCAGAUAAUGGGUGGCCAACAGGCAAAUGGACAGUGUCCACCAGUUCAAUCACACACAAUGCACAUUCAUGGUGCAAGUGCAUUCCAUCAGGCAGAAUAUGCAAAAUAUCGCUCAGAUGCUUGUUCUCAGAACAGACAUCAAAUGAUACAGACAGGAUCUUAUCCAUUGGAGCUAUUGCAAUUGAUGGGGGUUGAAAUACCAUCUCUACGGCAUGUAGAGUAUAUGCAAUCAAAUAACAGCACACAAACAGGACACUGGCAAAGACGUAUAAAUAUUUCAAACAAUACACCUAUUAUACCUUCUCCACAUCUUGCUUUUAGACCCAAUGAUAAUAAUUUAACAAGCAAAAAGUCAAACUGGUAUAAUAAAUUAAGUAAAAGAACUUCUUUUCGAGAUUCUUACGUAAAUAACGAAAAAUAUAGCAGCGAUAGUGGCUUUAGUUCACGAUCUCCAACACCAAAUAAACAUCAUAUCGAUAGUAGUCAAACAGAAAGCUCGGAUGAACGAGAUUCUGUAAUUUCUUCAGUUGAACAAAGUAUGAAAUUAUUGUGUUCCAGAAAGUCACACAAAAUACAUCCAAAUAAUGUUACAAACAAUAGAAUAAUGCAAUAUGGUAUAAUUUCAAAUAGUUCUACACAUCAAUAUUAUCAGAAUCAACGAUCUAUUAAUUGUUAUCCUACUACCAUGUCAACAUCUAGAACUCAAAUGCAAACUUAUCAGAAUAAAAGAAGGUAUCAUUCAGGAAGGAAUAGUCCACCUCCUCAAAGAUUACCUAGAAAUAAAAGAUAUAUGGGAUUAUUAUCGCCUAAUUAUCACAUGUUUCCCAGAUAUGGAAUUGCUCCAGAUCGAUUCCUAGCUAGGUCACAUUUAGUUGAGGUAACUCGUACACCAGAUGAUUUACUUAAUGGAUCAAUUUGGGAUAAACUUUCGAAAGAUAUUUGGUCGAAAUUUAUGUUAAAUCAACAGACUGAGACUGUUUAUAGAAACAAGAUGAUGCUUUGGAGAUAUCUUUAUGUUUACAUCAAGACAGCAUUUCCAAAAUAUGGGUUAUUCUUGGUUGGUUCUACAAUGAAUGGUUUUGGAUCAGAUAAUAGUGAUGUUGACAUGUGCCUUUUAGUAAGACAUACAGAAAUGGAUCAAAGGAAUGAAGCUAUUGGACAUUUAGAGCAAAUAUUGAAAUGCCUUAAAAGAUGUGAUUUUAUAGAACAAUUAGAACUUAUACAAGCAAAAGUACCAAUUCUAAAAUUCCAUGAUUCGAUACAAAAUUUAGAAGUUGAUUUAAAUUGUAACAAUGCUGUUGGAAUUCGAAAUACUCAUCUUCUUUAUUGUUAUUCUCGAAUUGAUUGGAGAGUGAGACCAUUGGUACUUGUGGUUAAACUUUGGGCUCAAUCUCAGGAUAUUAAUGACGCCAAGAACAUGACAAUAUCCAGUUAUUCCUUAGUUCUUAUGGUCAUUCAUUUUUUGCAGUGUAUUUAUCCAAUCUACUUUUUACUUCAUAAUAGAUACGUAUUGUUUAUUUAUUUAAAUAUAUUAUUUUUCUUAGAUGGUGUCAAUCCACCGGUUUUACCUUGUUUACAUUCCCUUUAUGAAGGCAAAUUCACACCACAUACAGACAUCCAUUGCAUAGAUAUCCAAGAAGAACUGGAUAUUCCAGUUUCCGUACUUCGGCCUAAGAAUCGUCAGUCGUUAGGAGAAUUGUUCAUCGAAUUUUUUCGGUAUUAUGUCAUGUUCGAUUUCAAUCAGUAUGCGAUAUCAGUCCGUUUGGCUAAUAAAAUACCAAUAGAAGAAUGCCGAAGAGCACGAUCUUAUAAAAAUGAUCCUCAUCAGUGGAAAUAUUUAUGUAUUGAAGAACCUUUUGAUCUAACUAACACUGCUAGAUCAGUUUACGAUCCAGAUGUUUUUGCAAGGAUUAAAUACGUAUUUGAUUGUACAUACCAGAAAUUGAAAGAACAUCAUGACCUAGCCAGGAUAUUCGUCAAGGUGGAUUCUACUUCACCCUAUACUAUGACGUAAUCACAU